UUUUGUUUUAAAUAAUGAGUUAAUAAAUGAUUUAUUACGUACAAAUUAUCACUUUGUAUCCAGUCCACUUCCUGUAUACACCACGAUGUGACGUCACUGCGCCGAAGAGAAUUGUCUUUGUUGUUUAUAUUCUAGCCGAAGGUCGGUUAGUGGAAAAGCGAGAGAAAAAAUAUAUCUUUGUCGAUUCCUCGGAUCUGGCUGCGAGGAUUUUGUUGUGCUACCCUGGCCUCUUCUGAAGAGGAACAUCUGGAAGGUGGUCCGUCUCCCCCACCACGUAAAAAGGCUCGAACGACCGUCAGCUUGGCGUCUGAAAUGCAUAGGAGACGAGCACAUUUGGGAGAUGUUGAUGUCGAUGAAUGUGAACCAAGUUCGAAUGGCGAGCUACUUUCUGCUUCCAAACACAAAAUACCAUCAAACCAAGCGAAACAGAAAACAUUUACGAAGUUUGAAGAGGAUUCAGUGCGUUUAAUAGGUCAACAUUUGCGUGGACUUGGCUUAAAGUGAGUAGAACGCCACUGUUUUGAAUGACAUCCAAGUAUUUUCUGUGAGCUACUUUGUGCUGUUUCGUGGUUUAAUAUUGCACAGAUUGUAACCAGAGUUUUAAUUUUUAUUCCUAGUAAAUCAGCCGACUUGUUGAUGCAAGAAUCUGGCUGUAGGCUUGAACAUCAAUCUGCUAUAAAGUUUAGGGAGAGCAUUUUAUCUGGCGAGUGGGAUAGAGUAUGUUUAUUUUAUUGCCAGCAUUUUCCUGUAAUUAUUUUCUGUUUCUUCGUUAAUUUCUUGUUUCCUUUUCUAAAUUAACUGCUUCACCUUUUCUUUGUAAGGCUGAAUCUUUCCUCAAAGAGGUUAGGCCGUUUUUAGAUACAUCUGAAGAACUGUUGAAGGUACGAGGACAUUGUUUGCAAUGUAUUCAUUCAAAUAAAUCUUGUUUAUUUUGAAUGGUUUGCUGAUUAAACUUUUUUUAAAUUCAUUGUAUAAAACAUUUCUCUAUGUUACGUUAUCUUCUUGAAAAUCUUUUCACAGAUUAUCAUGUAUUAUUACAUAUACAAGAAUUUUCCUUAUUGGCAUUCUGCAUUCACACAUACUGUAUGUAUAAAAGGUCAUGUCACCUUGAUAACAUCAAAACCUAAUUAUUCACUUUCCAUCCAAUAGAAAGUGAAGUUUUUGAUCCUCGAGCAAAAAUUUCUCGAAUUUGUCGAAUGUGGAAAGUCUGUGGAUGCCUUGAGAUGUUUACGGAGUGAAAUAACGCCGCUCAGAUGCAAUAAGGAGAAAAUUCAUCGUCUUUGUGGGUAUGUAGUGGAAUGUUUAAAGUUUGUGCAGAUGGAAAUCUUGAGAUUUCUCGAGAUGAAAAUCUUGAUAUUUCCAUGCACAAAAACCCUCCAAUAUUUGGUUCUGUCGAAUGUUAUGCCAAAAAUCCUGAUAUGUAGUGGUAUGUUUAUUAUACCAUUAUUUAAAUACCAUUGUCUGUCAUGACUAGACAUGUUUCACACUUUUAAUAAUAACCAUUAAACAACCACGAUUUUUGAAUCAUCAAUCUUUAUGCAUUAAAUGAAUUGCUAAUUAUGUGUGGGAUUUAUUGUUAUGGGGGUGUUGUAGGUAAACUAAACUGGGGUCAUUACUAUAAACAGUCAUGUAAGAUGAUGCUAUUCCAUGCAUUUCCUGACAUAAUUAUUGAAUUGAAUGAUUAGAUCAGUAAAUGCAAGUAUUCAGUGCUUGCAUAAUUCUUAUUAAAUGGCAAAUACACAGCUUGAGUAUCUGUGAUUUAUAGAAUUGACACUUGACAGCACAUCAUAUUGUAUUGGCCUUUGAAUAUUUAAUUCACAUUCCAUUGUAGUCUCUAUGGUUUGAAAAAUAUGAAAAAUUGAAUAUGUCAUUCAUAUUUCUAAUGAUUAUACCUUUGUACAUAAUAUUUUCCUGCAGAGAAGCUAAAACUAUAACAACAUAGAGGAGAUUAAAUUUCCGUAUGGCAGAUUACCAAUUAUGAACAACAUACCAACCCAUUAAAUAUAUUAACCAAGUUCCAAGGCACUCUAAUGCUAACCCUACUCUGUUUAUUAUAUUCUACUUUAUACAGUUUUGAAAAAAAUAUCAGUAGAAUAACUAAACUCAUUCAUAUUUGAAUAACUAAACUCAUUCAUAUUUGUAAUGAUUAGACCUUUGUGUGUGAUAUACCCCUAUGGGGAGGGAAGAAAAACAAUGGCAUAUAAAGGGAUAAUAAACACAAUGUAAACUUAUGACCAAGUAUAAAAAAAUCUCAUUGAAUAUAUUAACCCAUCAAGCCCCACUGACUUUGGUAUAUUCUGUUUUAUCCCAGACAAUUGUUCUCUUCUAUCAGUCUCUUGAACUGGCUGCAUUUUUUAUAAGGUCUAUCUAUCUCAUUUUUGAUAAGGUCAAUUGGGUCCAUCUAGGCUAUUUGAGAUCAGUUCACAAAGCCAAUUUGAGCAAGAGCAAGUCUACAAUGCUAAUGCCAGGUGACUUUACUUGUCAAGGGGAGAGUCGGGCUCAUUAAUGAGUUAAUGGGUUAACCAAACUAUCUGCUCAUUUUGUUAUCCCAUCGCUGCAAUACACACUACUCUGUCUUAUGCCAGACAAUUUUACCUGUAAAGACAAAAGUGUUGGACAAUAAUCGGUUUUAAAAUUAAUGUUAAAAUCUGCAAUGUGCAUCUCAUUAUACAAAAGUGAUGGGGAGUGAGGGGGGGGGGGACAAAACAUUUAUGCAAAAAGGAAACAAAGAAAAUACUUUUGUGCAAAAAGUUCCCUGCACAAGCAAACAGCCAGAAAAAUUUACUGCAAGCUGAAAAUUCCUUCCACCAUCACUUUCCGUACCGGUAUGGUUGGCCCUUUACUUAGAUAAAUUAAAUUGUCUAACAUUAGCACAAUGCCAAGUACAUCCCAGUCAGACAUAUAAUGGUUGUUAAACAACAUAGACGGAUUUUCAUAUUUAUUACUGGGGUGGUGCCAGAAAUUUUAGGGGGGUGAGCCGCGAGCAGGUGACUGAAGCAACACAAAGUGUCACCAAACCCCAGUAAGGUCUAUGUUCUAGGGGUGGAGCACUAGAGCCACGAGGGGGAGUCUAGAGAGCAGAAAACAAAGUACCCCAGGGAAAAUUUGAAAAAAAUCAUGAUUUCUAGCUUCGAAAAAAGGUUUUUUGAAGUUGUCAAUUAAUUUGUCAUAUCAAUGGAUUUGGCAUGUCCGAUUGUCUGUUGAGACUUGAGAGAGUUAAAGACUUAAAGUUAAAUGAACCUGUAAAAGUGUAAACCCAACAGGCCAAUUCACAAUAUGCUUUUACUUUUAUAAAGUCAUUGACAUUGUGUUGUUUGAAUUUGAGUACAAUUUAUGAUGCAACUCCGAUGUAAAUAAUAUUUGGGGCAUAAAGAUUAAAUCUAGGCAAGUCUAUUUCCUAAAAGAAUUAAAAACUAAAAAUAGUGUUCAUAAAAAUUCCAAACGUUCCUUGCGUGCAAGCUAUUCGCAUGACAAGACACUGCAAACUCUAUUCAGGGAAGAUAAUAGAGUUUCAAAACUUUUCAAUUGCUCCAAUAAACCAGUGAAUACAAGCGAGGAGUGAUUAGUUUCAGAGUGUUGCACUGUCUUUUUCUGUUCAAGUGUACUCCUACGUUUAUUUUGUAUCAUCAACACUCUGCACGUUGGAGUGGACUAUUUAAUUAUUUAUUUAUUAUGCCGAAUAUUGGGGGAGUUGAAAUUUUUUUUGGAGGGGUGGACAUUUUGUUUGGAGGUGUUAUAGCUAAUAUUGGAGGGGGUUGCACCGCCCUGCACCCCCAGAAAAUACGUCUAUGUUAAACAAUGUAAUAUCCAUGUUCAGGUUGUUAAUGUGUAGCAAUAAUGAGGAGCUGUAUAGGAAAGCAAAAUGGAAUGGCAAAGGUCAACAAUCUAGACAGCGAUUGAUGGAGAAGAUACAAGGUUAGCAAUGACUAAGUGGUAAAUCCAAUGAGGAUCAACUUCAGAAUUCAGAAAUGCUGGUACUGAUGGUGCAUAAAAGUUAAACUAUGUCUUCCAAUUGUAUUUGUUUGCCUCCAAUUACAAAACAUAUAAUGACAACAAUUAACAUUUUCUUAACCUAUGUUAAAUUAAGAAGCAUUGUGCCUAACUGUGCCUGACUUUCAGUUUAUUAUUUUAUUCUGUCUAACACCAGAUGAUUUUACUCGUCAAGGGGAGAGUUUGCUCAUUAAUGGGUUAAAUAAACUAUCUGCCAGUGUGUUUUCAUUGUUAACCCGUUAAGCUGCAAUACACCCAAAUGCACCCGGCUUUACCAUUUUACUUGGUCAAAUGCCAGACAAUUUUACUCGUCAAGAGGAGAUUUAUGCACACUAAUGAGUUAAUAACCUGGUAAUUGCAUGAUUGUAUUUGAUGGAACCUGCAUAUUGUGGAAAAUAAUUGCCAGUUAGCCUAUCUACUUUACAAAAGUUCUUGUAAAUCUGAGCUAUUGCAGAAAGUUUCUUGCCUGUAUUAUGUGUCAUUCAUAAUUUCAAUGUGUUGUUUCAGAGUUUCUUCCUUCAUCAAUCAUGCUUCCUCCACGACGACUCUACACGCUACUUUGUCAAGCUCAAGAAUUACAAAGAAAUAAAUGUCUUUAUCAUAACUCGCAAUUAGAUCCUAAUCCAAGCUCAUUUUCAUUACUCACCAACCAUACAUGUGCAAGGUAGGCAGCGUGAAUGUUUUUUACUAAGGAUGUGAGGUGAAAUUAACCCAUUAAGUUUGCUUGGAUCAUACUUUAUUAUCUAACUCUGUCUAGUGCCAGACAAUUUUACUCAUCAAGAGAACUAGCACUCAAUGGGUUAAAAUAUGUACGGUAAAUGUAGAUCUUGUGCAGAACUUAGCAACCAUGCUGAGGUGUCUGGCAACAAUAUUAUGACACAAAUUUGUUUUUUUAGGAGGCAAUUUCCUUGUGAAACCAAACACAUUCUUACAGAACAUUGCGAUGAGGUACAUAAUAAAAUUGUAUACACAUGUCUUGUUGUUUUUAUUAUUUUAUGAUUUGGGAUUCUUACCAAAACUUGGUCGAAAUUUAGGCCAUCCAACUUGUACAUAGACACAUGUGAAAUACUUAAAACUUUCUACUGUAGGUAUUAUUUUUACGAUUUUCUCAUGAUGGUACAAAGCUAGCAACUGCGUCUAAAGAUAACACAGUCAUUAUUUGGGAAGUUACGGUGAGAAAAGUUACAAUGUAUAUACAUGAAAAUGUGCAAUUUAUUUAACACCAUUGCUUGCAGCCGAUGUAUAAUGAGAAAGUCAAUAGAGAAUGUAUAGCAAGUUCAGUAAAAGUCAUGGAAUAAAUGUAAAAUACCCACCACACUAAGCUAUUACUUUGUCGGUCACUUGGCUAAUGCCUUGGAUGUUUAAUACCUUGCUCAGUGGCAUACUGAGGCCAUUCCGAGUGAGAGGGUAUUCCUCUACAGCCUCUUUGCUUUAUCGACCAACUCAAUUUUAACGAUCAAUUUACUGACCAAUUCAAAUCAAUUUACCGACAAGUCGCAGUUUUUCCUACAUAAUCUUCGUUUUACAGACAAGUUUUCUAAAAAGUGUGGGUGGCACCCCACACAGUAGUGACAGUACACCCCUGACCUUGCUAACUGGGCCUCUGGCAUCACAUUCAUGAGGUCACAUUCUCUCCCCUGCCCCCCCUAAAAAAAACCCAACAAAUAUCUCCAGCACCCCUGCAGAAAAAAAGUUUUUAUUGCGACCGCAAUGAUGAGCCUCUUUUGGAAAGUCUGCACUUCCUGCCAGACUUUCCCCGUAAUGCCCUGGUGUAUAUUUUUAAAUGUUUUCACCAUGAACAUGCUAGGAUUGUGACAAAAUCUAUUUUUUUUUAAGGAUUACAUUCACCCAAACCAGAAUAAGGCAACAUGUCUAACGUUAAUACUGAACAAUGUGCGUAUUAUACAUGUGAAUAUUUAGGAAGAUGAUGUUAAAAAACUGCGAGUGUUAGAUGGUCAUGAACUAGGAGCAUACUACAUAUCAUGGAGUCCUGAUGAUCAGCAUCUCAUUGUCUGCGGUCCUGAAGACUGCAACGAAUUCUGUGUAUGGAAUAUUGAGGUAAUUUAAUGAACCAUUUGUGUUAUUGUGUUCUUCAAAUUUUCAAGUCAUAAAUAUUCAACCUAAACUACAUGCGAUGCCCAAUCAUCCCCCCUUCCCCGCUAUCUCUAGUACGAAUGAGGUUGAUAAUUUUUCGAAUAUUUCAACAUAGACAGGAGUUCUGCGAUGUCGAGCAACACAAGCUACCGAAGACAGUCUGACUGUUUGUUCAUGGAACCCUGAUGGUAAACGACUUUAUGCUGGAGGACUGAGAGGCCAGUUCUUUCAAUGUGUAAGAAUGGAACUAGUUUAUUUUGAUUGGACUACAAUGUAUUGACACUGAGCUCCAUAUAUAACUGGAGCGAGAACUUUUGAGUCCCAAAAAUGAAGACAAAGAUGGAAUUGUUAGUUCCAGUUCAUUUCUAUUGUUUUUGUCAACUAGGAGUGUGCCCAAAUUUUGUAUUUUGACUUCGAUUUGUAUAGGUAAUCAUGCGAUGGCGAGUGCAAUUAGGGAUUAAUAGUACGAGUGGAUUAAUCCCUAAUUGUACGAGCAACAUUGCAUAAUUACUUGUUUAUUAUUAGCAUGACAAAAUUGGAUAUGUACUUCUCAAUGUCAACAUCAUAUUCUCUAGCCAAAGUCCAGUCCUGCCAGACUUUCAUCCAAAAUUUGAUGUUUUUGUUUGUAUUUUCAUUUAGUUCUUUUGUUCAAGCAAAAUUUAGUGCUUUUGUUCGUAUUUUCAUCUAGUUCCUCCACGGCAAUUUCAUUUCACAUUGUGUUUGAAAUACCUUUCCGCCAUUUUGUUUGUUUUGAGAAAAUCAUUAAUUGUACUGCAGUACAAUUAAUGAAAUAAUUGUACUCCUCUCAACCAAUCAGCAUCCAGUAAUUUUGUCAUGCUAAUAAUAAAAAGAAUAAUACCAUGGUUUUAUGAACUGAGAACUUGAUUAGCGAUACGGUCCGUUAGAAAAAAAACUAGAAUUUGCUGGGGAAAAUGGUAUGAAAACUGUUUAAAACCUUCAGAGCUAUUGGACGUCAAUGGCCGCCAUCUUGGCUUCACUUUUCUCACAGGCCAAAUGACUGAAGUUCUUGCUCCAGGUAUUCUAUAGAGCUCACUGUGUAUUGAGCGUAUGUCAUUUGUAAUUCAGUCCACCUCUGACUUGCAAUGUUUUCAAUUUUCAGGAUUUGGACGGCGAUGUUCUGGAGCAGUGGGAGGGUGUCCGGGUUUAUGGUUUACAUUGUUUAAAAGAUGGGAAAACCGUUUUAGCUGCAGAUAGUCAUAACAGAAUUCGAACUUAUAAUUUUGAAGAUUUAUCAGAUAAUAAUUUGUAAGUGCAGAAAUGAUUCUUUGUGGAUUCUCCGUGAACUCAUCUGACUCUAUAAUACUUUUUGUUUGUGGAAACACCACGUAAAUUUAUUACUGCAGUAAUAAAUUUAUGUGGUGUUUCAACAAACAAAAAGUAUUAUAUGUUUUAUCGCCAGGCAAUCCUACAAAACCUAUAAACUAUAGACUGGAUAAUUCUGUCAGUUCUGGUUCUACCAGUUUAGACUGCUGUCCAGGCUUUUAGCCAGUGUGUCAAAACUGGCCAUCCAAAAAAUACCAUGGGUGUGACAACCCUAUUUUCAUGAACAUGGUCAAAAAACAUGGAGCUUGAAAUCAGUGGUCAUAUACUCAUAAUUCAGCGUCUUUUCUUGUAGAAUAGAUAGACAACAGCUGACAAUUUUUUAUAUUAGGUAUUCACGAAAUAUCAAAGCCUGCGAGUUGCUGUUUAUAAUGAAAACAUUUUCUUAGGCCGUCAAUGGCCGUCUAUUAAAAAGUGGCCGUCCAUAGGACGGUUGGCCUGGCUGAAUGCCUGCUGGUGUCUCUAAAGAUGUUGUAGUAAGGGUCAUCUCUUGUUCAUCCAGUCUUACUAGAUGAGAAACCGAAGACCAUGGAGAGAACCUGCCCGACAGCAAUGUUGAAAAACUUAAACUGGAGUUAUUCUUCUCACUUGCGACUGAUGCUUCCAUGCAUUGAUUGUAUUGAUGAUGUUUUCACUGAUAAUCCCUUGAUUGUAUUGAUCAUGUUUCCACUGAUAAUCCAUUGAUUGUAUUGAUCAUGUUUCCACUGAUAAUCCAUUGAUUGUAUUGAUCAUGUUUCCACUGAUAAUCCAUUGAUGGUGUUUUCUUGUUUUGUGCAGAAUUCAAGAAGAUCACCCAAUAAUGUCGUUUUCUGUCUCAGACGAUGGUAGACAUAUUUUAAUAAACGUUGCCUCACAGGUAUGUAUAUACUCCACCGUUCAUUUCACCAUCUUGUGUUUCUUAACGUCAACCCUGCAUGAGACUCUGCAGUUUGCUUAGGCGUAAAAAAACACAAAAAAAACCUGUGGUUCCGGUUCCCGACCCACCCUAUUUUUUCUGCCGACCCUAUUAUUUUUUCAACGCGAUUGACCGUGCGACCCUAUUUUCUCCAGGUGGUUGCAGGCUGCUUAUAAAGCGUGCCAAAAUGGCGUCUGUUGUCACACUAAUUAUUGAACCAAAUUGCCUAAAUUCGUCCAUAGGAAAUACGCAUCUCUAGUUAACAUUGAUGUCGGGACUCUACUGAAAAUCGCCAAGCAAAAAAACGCCAAAACCAUAAAAAAAAUUUAAAAAAAAAAUAAUUUCCGACCUACCGACCCUAAUUUUUUCACGAUAUGAAACCGGAACCACAGGUAUUUUUUUUACGCCUUAUAGAUUAUAAUAAUUUCGCGUGGAUCUGACAAAUGCCUGCAUGACCAACUGUGCUGUUGCUAGCACAUUGGCUAAUAAUGAUUGGCCAACUUUUCAAUAUUUACGUUCAUCAAUUUGAUACCUCGUGCUGAUCCGCAUGAUCAAUCACAUUACUUAAUGUUCGGCUCAAAAGUGGUGCAUAUUUUUCCGCGCGUGAAAAUACUCCAAAUAAUUUGCUAAUUUCACAGGGCUAUAUUUUCCGUAUUUUACAACAUUUUGCAACCAAAUUUGGCAAUUUUACUAAUUUAAGGAUGUUCUUUUAAGCUAUAAUGAUAUAUUUCGUCCUUGUCUGCAUCAAAUUAUAGCUGGAAUCACCUAUUAAUCGCCUCAUCCUGUUGUUUCUUUCCUAGGGUCUUCAUCUCUGGGAUGCUAAAGAUCGCGUGUUAAUACGGAAAUAUCAGGGAAUAACUCACGGUUUUUAUGUUAUUUAUUCGUGUUUUGGUGGUCUUAAUCAAGAUUUCAUCGCUAGUGGGAGUGAAGGUAUUUUAUCUCUUGUUGUGGCUGCUAUUUUCUUGGAAAAUAUGGGAUACAAACCACGGGAUACAAACCAUGGCCGGAUUUUGUGGAGAAGUGCGCAUCUCCCCUGAGAAUUUUUGCACUUCCCCUAAAAAGUCAUGCACUUCUCCUUGGGAACGUUUCAAUGAUAGAUCGGAGUGAAAAUUUGACGUUUUUUGGUUGCUGAGCGUCUGCACUUCGUAAGAAAGUUUUUCUGUAAAAUUGAAACAGUGAGAGCCGUCUAUGUUUUGAAAGAAACGUUGCAGUAAUUGUAUCAUAUCAUUCCUUCCGCAUUCUGACUUUAGAUCAUCAAGUGUAUAUAUGGCAUGUUAAACACAGUGAUCCUAUCAUGGUUCUCAGUGGUCACACAAGGACAGUUAACUGUGUCCACUGGAAUCCACAGAUACCCAGCAUGCUAGCAUCUGGAAGUGACGAUGGGACGGUCAGGAUAUGGGGGCCUGGGGACAAAUUAGAACCAAGUAAGUAUAA